UAAAUCCUUUAAUUCAUUUGCCGACGAAUAUUGUCUCGCACUGAUGCAGACCCUGCUGUCUCGGAUCACCUCAGCACUCAUUCUCUAAAAGAAAUAAAAUAAAAACAAAGAAUGGCUUUAUUAACACCUCUCUUCGCGUUUCUGUAUCAUUUGCCGCAGGUUUACAAAUGGCUCCUAAAGCCGUACUACAUCGCCUCGUUAUUUAUGUCUGUCGCGUUCCUGCUUGUCCGCAAAACACCUGGGAUCUGCGAACACCUUUCGACGCAGCGCGAGGACGGCAAUUCAUGCGAUUUUGACUGGAGAGAGGUGGAGAUACUGAUGUUCUUAAGCGCCAUAGUCAUGAUGAAGAACAGAAGAGCAAUUACCAUUGAGCAGCACUUGGGGAACAUCAUCCUCUUUAGUAAAGUAGCCAAUGUGAUUCUGUUCUUCAGACUGGACAUACGUUUGGGGCUUCUCUACUUGACAUUGUGUAUUGUUUUCCUGAUGACCUGCAAACCCCCUCUCUACAUGGGCCCUGAAUACAUCAAGUACUUCAGUGAUAAAACCAUUGAUGACGAGUUGGAGAAGGAUAACAGAGUGACCUGGAUCGUGGAGUUUUUUGCUAACUGGUCACCAGAGUGUCAGUCUUUCGCCUCGGUUUACGCUGAUCUGUCCUUGAAGUACAACUGUGCAGGGCUGAAAUUCGGCAAGGUGGACAUCGGUCGUUACAGCGAAGUAUCCAAAAAGUACAGGGUCAGCACUUCUCCGCUCUCGAAGCAGCUGCCCUCUCUGGUGCUCUUCCAGGGAGGAAAGGAAGUUAUGAGGCGCCCUCAGGUGGACAAAAAGGGACGGGCAGUGUCCUGGACCUUCACAGAGGAAAACAUCAUCCGCGAGUUUAACCUCAACGAAUUGUAUCAGAAAUCGAAAAAGCUUGACAAGACUAAAGGAGAGAAGUUCGAGAGGCCCGCUGAAUCUGUGUUUGCCCCUGUGCCUGAAGAGGAGGAACCGGAGGCCGAGACCAUCGCUGCGAUGGACACAGAGAGCAAGAAGGACAAAUAGAAAGAGCACUGGGGAUCACUAUGGGACUGGAGCGGAGUAUGCAGAGAAAGAAUCAACGGAAUGAUUGUGUUAUUGUUUCUUUUUGUAUAAUGUAUUAGUUAAGUGCAAAAUCAGUCCAAUAAUAUAGUAAAUCCUUCUAUUAAUACAUAUUUAGAUUUGAUAAUCAUUGAUAUGCUGGACACAGUAUGCACAGGCAAAACUGGUAUUUGGGACAUUGAUAUUCAAUCUCUGUUUUAAUUUAAACAAGUUAAACCAUGAAACAUUGGACAUCUACCUCGAAUAUGGUUGAUCAUUGUGAAGUGAUCAUUAGUAAGGGGAUAUUUUGUGAUGCAUAUGCAUCACUAUUGGGGAACAAACAUUUUAUCAGUUCUUUUUCUGUUCUACUGUUAAUCUUCCCAUUCCAUCGUCACUCCUAGGAUUUUUUUUUUGAUAUUUGUGAAAUGUAGCUUGGUUGGGUAAUGGUACCGACUACUAGACUGAAUUCAGUGGUCCAAAAAGAGAGGGUCUUUUAUGCCAAAAGUUCAGAUUCAGUUACCUUGGACAUUGAGACCCAGUUACACAUUUCAUUUUUAGAGAGAAUAUACUGCAGUAUACUAAAGUCUUAAAUGUUUUGUAUAUUAAAUGUAUUAUUUUAAUUUACUUUAUGCCGAAUGAUAUAAGCUUUUAACAUUUAUUUUUUAUGUUAAACUGACAGGCACGGAAGAAAGCUGCAGGCAGUCUUCACGAUUUAACCUUUUCUAGUCAUUAAAUUGACAGUUGGAAGCUUUUAUUGUCAAUUUGUUCAUGUAGAAAACUGUCAUUAAUUCCCCCACAAAAAAAACAAUAUUGUUUUAGUUCCCUAUCGAGUAAACAAUUCUUGAUUUUUCACUAAUAUUUGAUGAAUUGAUGUCUGAAAGAUGUGCUAAGUGCUUUGAGUGUUUUUUUGCCAUUUCAAUAAAACACUUUGUUCUUCA